GACGUGCGCACGGGCGGAUGAGUCAAACCUGCGUCAGACUUCGUCGUGACUUUCCAUAGUAAUGUUUUGUUUUUUUGUUUUUUUUCCCGCCCCACAACACGGCUGAAACCACGUGGAAAUCAGAGGCGAGAGUGAGAGAAAGUCAUUUGGAGAGCAUCAUCCGGCAGGAGAAGUGAGACAAACGGAGGCGAUCGGCCGGUUAAUCGCAGUUUUAAGCGGGGGAACUUGUGGCUGGCGUUGAGCUCCUGCGUCAGACUUUACGCACCGUGCGCUGUGAGCGGCUGGAGGCUCUCUGUUGAGUUCGCAUCUAGCAGCGCGUAGAGAUGCUGCAUGCAGAGACGGUGGCUGAAUGAACGCAGCAUACAUUCACCCAGGAUUUAUGCAGCCACACCGGCCCGAUCCGCAGACCGCAAAGAAGAUUUAGGAAAAGCACAACUUUCUCAUCCCGACACACACCAACUUGGCCGCUCUUCUGCCGGACAUCCUCCUCUUCGCUCCCCGUCAUCAGCCUCCCCUCUGAAGGAGCUCCGUCGUUCGCAGCAGCCAUGCCAAAAAACACCAAGGUGACUCAGCGGGAGCACAGCAAUGAGCCGGUCACAGAGUCUGUGGCUGACCUGCUGUCCCUGGAGCACCCCAUGGAUUAUAAGAGCAGUCAGAUGAGUAUGGGUCUGAGUCCCGGGUCCACCGCCCCAGGAAGGUCUCUGCUCCCGGAGCAGGACGCCGAGGACGGCCGGCCGGCGUGGAACAACAAGCUGGAGUACAUCCUCGCUCAGGUCGGCUUCUCGGUUGGCCUGGGAAACGUUUGGAGGUUUCCCUAUCUGUGCCAGAAGAACGGUGGAGGUGCGUACCUAGUGCCCUACUUCAUCCUUCUCCUCCUCAUCGGCAUCCCCUUGUUUUUCCUGGAGUUGGCAGUCGGUCAGCGGAUCAGGCGCGGCAGCAUCGGGGUGUGGAACUACGUUUACCCUCAGCUGGGGGGCAUCGGCGUUUCCAGCCUCAUGGUCUGCGGCUUUGUUGGCCUCUAUUACAAUGUCAUUAUCGGCUGGAGCAUCUUCUACUUCUUCCAGUCGUUUCAGUAUCCGCUGCCAUGGGCCGAAUGCCCCAUCAGGAAGAACGGAACCCAAGCCAUUGUGGAGCCAGAAUGUGAGAAGAGCUCAGCCACCACCUACUUCUGGUACCGCCAGACUCUGAACAUCACCAGCACCAUCGACGAAACCGGCGGCCUGAACUGGAAGAUGACCCUGUCCCUGCUGGUGGCUUGGAUCUUGGUCUGCCUGGCCGUCAUGAAGGGCAUCCAGUCGUCUGGGAAGGUGAUGUACUUCAGCUCGCUCUUCCCGUACGUGGUGCUCUUCUGCUUCCUGGUGCGAGGCUUGAUGCUGAAGGGCUCGGUAGACGGCAUCGCUCACAUGUUCACUCCCAAGCUGGAGAAGAUGUUGGAGCCGCAGGUGUGGAGGGAAGCAGCGACGCAGGUCUUCUUCGCCCUCGGCCUGGGCUUCGGAGGCGUCAUCGCGUUCUCCAGCUACAACAAGAGGGACAACAACUGCCACUUCGACGCAGCUCUGGUUUCCGUCAUCAACUUUGUCACGUCCAUCUUGGCCACUUUGGUGGUGUUUGCUGUGCUGGGUUUCAAAGCCAACGUCAUGAACGAGAAGUGUGUUGUUGAGAACGCAGAGAAGAUUCUGGGUUACCUGAACACAGGUGUGCUGAGUAGGGAGCUGAUUCCUUCUCACAUCAACUUUUCCCACCUGACAGCUCAGGAUUACUCAGAGAUGUACGGAGUCAUCAAGACGGUGAAGGAGGACAGCUUUGGCCAGCUGGGUCUGGACCCCUGCAUCCUGGAGGACGAACUCAAUAAGGCGGUUCAGGGGACCGGCCUGGCCUUCAUCGCCUUCACCGAGGCCAUGACACAUUUCCCCGCCAGCCCCUUCUGGUCUGUCAUGUUCUUCUUCAUGCUGAUCAACUUGGGUCUGGGAAGCAUGAUCGGAACCAUGACCGGCAUCACCACGCCCAUACUGGACGCCUUCAAGAUCCGGAAGGAGAUCCUGUGCGUGGUUUGCUGCAUAAUAGCCUUCCUGCUGGGCUUGCUGUUCGUGCAGCGUUCAGGGAACUACUUUGUCACCAUGUUUGAUGACUACUCCGCUGGUUUGCCUCUCACUGUGGUCGUGAUCCUGGAGAACAUCUCUGUAGCCUGGAUAUACGGCACUAAGAGAUUCAUGCAGGAUCUGGAGGAUAUGCUGGGUUUCAGACCGUACACCUUCUACUACUACAUGUGGAGAUACGUGUCCCCCACCAUCCUGGUGGUGCUCAUUGCUGCAACCGUCAUAGAGAUGUCUGUCAGUCCUGCAGGAUACAACGCAUGGGUGGAGGAAGAGGGCUCAGAGCGUUUCCACAGCUACCCUCCAUGGGCUCUAGCCAUGGCCUACGCCCUCAUUGUGGUCGCCAUGCUGCCUCUGCCCAUUGUCUUCAUCGCCCGCCACUUCAACUUGGUCUCCGACGGCUCCAACAAGCUGUCGGUCUCCUACCGUAAGGGCAUGAUGAAGGAUAUCUCCAACCUGGAGGAGCAGGACGAGCAACGCUUCAUCCUGGGCAAGAACCCCAGCGAGGCGCCCUCCCCCAUGCCAGCCCACCGCGCUUAUCUUGGGCCCGGUGGCACCCAAGAGAUGACCAACACCAACUACGGCACCAGCACCAAGACUGGAUACCAGAACAUUGGCUCGCCCGAGUCUGAGCUAUGAUCUAAUGAGCUCCAACGUCCUCCCGCUUACAAAUGAAGCCCUCUCAACUAGAGGAGAGGGAGAUGGAGAAGGUGGAGAAAAUUCAGUUGCAGCAUUCCUCACACCUUAACCUCCAGAGAAAGAAAAAUAGAGAAGCACACAGAAAACGGCUCGUGAUAUGGCAGUCAGAAAACCAAGUCUGCUCUUUUGCUCAGUGAACAAUGCCAUGACAACACUUCUCAGUGUGGAAGUUGUUACUGUGGGAAGAAGGUUAGCAUAAACCCGCCCCUGACAGUUUUUAAAAAAAUUCUGGCAAAGUGGGCCGCGACAAGAGACACAGAAAGGUGCGGCCGAGUGUGGCCAUGAGCAGAGGGGGUUAGUCGUGGUCAGGACAAAAGAAGCACUAUUGUUAACUUAUAAACUUUGUCACUAUGUUUAGUGACUUUCCAGACACCUGUAGCAACUUUUUAUCAAAAGACCAAAAGACCGUUCUGCAGUACACCGUCACCAGUAGUCAGAGCAGAGGAGACCCAGUCGACCCCGUGUCUUCAUCGCAAAUAAAUCACACAAUCGCAAAUCUGAGUAACUCUAUCGAUCAAAGCUUGCCACGCUAUUCCAACUCCUAACUCACCACCAGGUGGGGCUGUGUGUCCAAGUGAGAUGGUUUUAUACCCAAACAUUGUGUGAUGAAAAGCCAUACUGCUUUAAACAAAGAGGAGUAUUCAACUGCCUAAGAGCUGUUUGACCAAAAGGGGCCAGCACUGAGGUGGCUUUAGACAAAAUAACACAGAACUGAAAUAAUAUGCACAAAAAUGUCACAUUUGCACAGAAACAUAAAGCUGGAAUCCUAAAUGAUCUACUUAGACAGUUUAUCAGCAAAAAAAAUGAGUUACAAUUUAAGUAUCAGUGAGGUGUUAAAAAUAAAGAGGAGAAACACAAAUUUAAGCUGAAUUUAAAAAUAAUUUUACAACUUUCUAUCUAGAAGACGUGGAAAGCUUUACAGCUUACUGCAAUGGUUCUCUGUUUCAACCUUUUGAUAUCUGUCUGUCCUGUAAAAUGCCACAUGUGGAAAAACUGACAGCCUGGAAAUUUAAGAGUCAAGAGUUUAAAUUCCCUAGAACGUCCACAAGAGGAAGACUGUUUUUCUUAUGCUAGCACCACUACUUGCUAAUAUCUUGUGCUUGAACAGAAAUGGGAAUUGGCUAAAAUCUGAGCGGAAAAAGCCAUAAAAUUCAGAUGGGUGCAUCUCUAUACAAACUCUCUCUGAGGUUAAGCAGCGGGCAAUGCUACAAUGCUUUGAAUGGUACAGAACUCAGAAUGCUUUCAGGAACCAGUUUGUGCUUCUGCUGGUUCACUGGAGAAGAUUGUUGCUAUGGGAAUAGGAUUGAAGGAGACUUAGAAAAAAAACACACCAUCCUUCAUCUGAUAAGUAUCAGGAAACUUUUCAUGUGGAAACAAAAGUGGUCAAACAUUCAUAUGUAGUGCGAGAUUCUGGUAAUGUUACAAGCACAUUAUAGUUUGGAGUUUUUUGUGCCUAUCACGCAUCAGCAAUAAUAUCAGCGCUCAUUGAAUCACAAAUCUCCUUCUAUCUCUAUUUCCCCCUCUAAUGUACAUUCGAACACUGUAUAUAUAUGUUGUGCAAUAGUCGGAGACCCCACCAUGCGUACACGCUGCAAUAGAGAAGAAAGAGGGGUUACCUCAGCCCCUCGUCAUUUCUACAAGCACAGAACCACAGACACCUGCCAUGUUUAGAGCAUCUCUGAGCCUUAACACUUGUCUUUUCAACAACGUUCCUCCUCGUUGAGCGUGGCGUGACUUUUAACGAACGGUUUAGGAUUGCGGAUGAGCCUCUGCUUUAAGGAAGCAGACAGGGACGGGAGCUCGGAGUACAUAUAGGUUUGUAUGUCUGUGUGCUGUCUGCAUUAGAGCUGAAUUAGAGCUCCUGGCAUACCUGCCUGUUUAAAAAUAGAGCAGCGUUACUCAGGAAGCCGUGGCAACAUGCACCAUAGAAACCGAUUCUGAUCCGAUGUGGAGGAGGAGCGGUGGCGCGGACACCUUGCUUUGUCUGCUCCACCUGCACAUCCACCCGUGCCCUACAUACAGUCCUCACCGGUGUUGUUUCAACACACCGAAUACAUGUGGUUCACUGCCAUGCUUCUUGUUUACCAGUCACACUUCCAUCUCAGGAUGAGAUUUGGAUUUAAGUCUUGUACAUUCCUCUUAUUGUGGCGACAUAAUUCAAUCAGCACUAGAAGCUACACUUUCUUUGCUAUCCAAAGUGUGAAAACAAAGCCCUUUUUUUUAAUCAUUUUUGAUGUAUAAUCUUGAAAGACAGUGGAAAUGUAAUGUGACAUUGUUUUAGAUAAGUGGUAGUACCUGGAUUUGGCCACUGGAUGUCACUGCUGGCCAGCAGAGGAACCAGUGGUGUUAUUUUGUCUGUGGCCCCUCCCUGUGAAAGCACCAGUACCUGAGACUGCCCCCACAAAGGGAGUGAGGCAGAAUCAGUGACAUUUGUUUGGUGUCUGAGCAGCAUCUGUGUCGUCUGCCUUAUGCUUUUUGUCGUUUGAUCACUGCUGUUUUCUUUGUUUGCAGAAAUGUUUUGUCUCGUUCACAUGAGCACUUUAAUUAGAUUCAGACCCUGGAGUUGUUUGUUAAGCACAAAUUUGAGAAUAUACUUAUAUAUGUGUUUACUUAUUUAUUUUGGGAAUAUAUUCAUCAAAAACAAAAACAAAAAGCAGGGAGUGAAUGUCAAGAGCAAGCACAGGAAACAAGUGGUGAAAAUCUUAGAAUUUUGAAUUUUAUUGAUUUUUAGUGAAACCUGCUUUUGCAAGAUAAUCAUCUAGAAUUAAUAUAUGUUAUAUACUCGUGUAAUGACUUUGAUUCCUUUACCAUUUUGACACAAUAAGCUCUAGUUUUUGUUGUAUUUAAGCCAAAAUAUGGAGUUUUUGCAGAAUAAUUGUAAUAUCUGCAACAUUUCCAUGGAUUCCAAGCCACUUAUCCUGCUACAACACAAUGAAAUGCUAAAGUUUCUCAAAGGACUCCCCUAACACUUUCUUUAUCUUUAUCUAUCAGGGUAAAUAACAAUACCCUUUUAUCACAUAUGAAUGGAGCUGUUCAACUUACUUGUGGUUCUUUUUCUGACAAUUUCAGACAACUUGCAAGGCACACCUUUUUAAAUGGCACCUGCAACAAAGGCACAUAUCUGAAAGUGCAGCUUUAGCUUGAGGUCAAAGCACAUUUUAGGACAGCACAGAACCGUGGGCCUGCAGGACUUACUAUUAUGUCACGAUGAGUGAAAUUUUAAGUUGUAUUUCUGAUCCUGCAGUCAGAGGAUGUUGGCUAGUGAACGGGCAUUUUGAUUGUCUGCUUUAAAUCCAGCAUCCUGCAAAACACUGAGAGCACAGCUUCACAAUAAAACGCACUGCCAUCAAUAAAAGUAGCAAAACUGCCCUCUAAUGUCUAAUAUUGAACAGAGCACAGUCCCAGCUACCCGCCACUCAUGAUGGUGUUAUGAUCAAUGAUCUAUGUAGAUUUUGCCUUAAACAUAUACAAAGAUGUCUAAGGCAGAAAAAGCUGUUAUCUGUGGUUGAUAAUGAAUAGGACCGAAAGCAAAGACUCCAGGGUCUCCUUGUCUUGUCCACAUGUCCGCUGCAACUUCUGGAGUUCAUCAACAAGAAGCUGACAAAGACAUAGUACCAAUAAAUCUAUUUAAAUGUGCAAAUAGUCUUUAUGUGACCAAAUAUAGUUAUAUUUAUAGUAUUUAAGAUGAUGUAUUUAACCUGUACAUAUUGAUGUACAUUCUGAUAAAUUCACACUGAGUAUCUAUGGUGAGAGUGACAGGGUGUAUACUUGAGCUGUAAAUACUUGUAUAUUCUCAGAUAUUUUUUGGAUUUUUUUGUACUGUCGGUACUUACAUUGGUGUCUGUUGGUUUCAGGUGUUUAUGUGUGUGGUUGUUGUUGAUAAUAAAAAACCGAGCGCCUGUCUUGUGUGUGUGUGUGUGUGUGUGUGUUUAUGUGCGAGAGUAAGCAACAGGGAGCGUCAGUGUGUGUGUGUGUGUGUGUGAAGUGAAAAUAUGUGUUGGUUUUUGGUGUUUUUCGCUCUGUGUUUUUCUCCUCCUUCAGUGUUGUGUGCUGCUUAUCUAAAACCAGUACAUGAAAUCUAAUGUCGUUGCGGUGGAGCGGGACCACUGACGUUUAAGCAAUCUCUUCUCUGUGUUUUUCACUCAAACUGUGACAAAGUCCAGCGCAAAACUGGGAACGUAAUCAGAAAGACAUGUAUGACUGUAACAAUAAGACAGGAACUUUAACUAAUUUGGUGGAUAGAGUGAUAUACAGUGUAAAAACACUGUGGAGUGAAGAGGAAAUUAAAACAACCACUUUUAUUCAA